AUGCGAGCUCGAGUGCACUUCAAGGAUCCUCUGGACCGCGAUGACAAGGAUGACAAGGAAGAAGAUGCGCCAGAUGUGGUCACUCCACAACGAUCAGCGUCCGCGCUGGUACCCGACAGCAUAACGCGCAGGGUACAGGCAGCUCAAACGGGUUGGAGAAGCUUUUCGAGGAGCAUCGCCUCGCUCUUGGAAAUUCGCGCGGAACGUAUGCGAGGGCACAGGCCAUCCAGAAAGGCGGCGCUUUCAGGUCGAUCUGAGUUCCAUGCUUGGGCACCUCUGGGGCAUUUCUGA